AUGACCUUCUUCAAGCUUAACGGAACCUUCUCCUCCUCCAAGAAGAACAAGACCACCUCGGCUGCCAACACCCCCUCGCAGACCCCUCGUACCUCGAUCCACCUCACCGGCGCCGACCUUGCCGCCGUCAACAAGAACACUGCCAUGACCCCCGAGGCCCUCGAGGCCCACUUCGUCAAGGCCAACAUGGGACACAUGCAGGCUCUUUCCAUGUCUAGAAUGUAA